CCGGGCCGUGGCGCGCCGGGAAGGCGGAAGCGGCUCCGGGGCAGCGGGGCCCGGGCCGGGGGUCCGGAGGGGCCAUGGCCGCGGCCGGCUGGGCCCCGCCGCGCCUCGACGAGUUCAUCCUCACCGAGCCCCUCGGCUCGGGUACCUACGCCACCGUCUACAAGGCCUACAGGAAGAGGGACACGCGUGAGGUGGUGGCCAUCAAAUGUGUCAACAAGAGGAGCCUGAACCGGGCAUCGGUGGAGAACCUGCUGACAGAGAUCGAGAUCCUCAAGACCAUCCGCCAUCCCAACAUUGUGGAGCUCAAGGACUUCCAGUGGGACAGUGAGCACAUCUACCUGAUCAUGGAGUUCUGCGCCGGGGGGGACCUCUCCCGCUUCAUCCGGAUGCGCCGGAUGCUCCCCGAGAAGGUGGCACGCGUCUUCCUGCAGCAGCUCGCCUGUGCCCUGAAGUUCCUGCACGACCGCAACAUCUCCCACCUGGACCUGAAGCCGCAGAACAUCCUCCUGAGCGCCCCGGAGAACCCCCAGCUGAAGCUGGCAGGUCAGGGCAGCCCCUGGCAGGGGCUGGGAGGGGGCAAAUCCCUUCUCCCUGUGCCCCCACGAGCUCUCUGUCGGGCAGAUUUCGGCUUUGCUCAGUACAUGUCCCCGUGGGACGAGAAGCACGUGCUGCGCGGCUCCCCGCUCUACAUGGCCCCCGAGAUGGUGUGUCGGCAGCACUACGAUGCCCGCGUGGACCUCUGGUCGGUGGGCGUCAUCCUUUACGAAGCACUUUUUGGGAAGCCGCCCUUCGCUUCCCGCUCCUUCGCCGAGCUGGAGGAGAAGAUCCGCAGCGACCGGGCUGUGGAGCUCCCCAGCCGGCCCCAGCUCUCUCAGGAAUGCCGGGAUCUCUUGGGACAGCUGCUGGAGAGGGACCCUCGCAAGCGCAUCUCCUUCGAGUGCUUCUUUGCCCACCCCUUCGUGGACAUGGAGCACAUCCCCGGCCCCGAGAGCCUGGGCAAGGCGACCGACCUGGUGGUGGAAGCGGUGAGGAAGGAUCAGGAGGGAGACGCCGGUGCCGCCUUCUCCCUCUACCGCAAAGCACUGGAGUAUUUCGUGCCAGCACUGCACUAUGAAAGCGACGCACGGCGCAAAGAAGCCAUCCGGGCCAAGGUGAGGCAGUACAUCUCCCGAGCUGAGGAGCUGAAGGUGUUGGUCACCUCCAGCAACAAGAACCUCCUGGAGAAAGGAAACCCGGCCAGAGAGCUCCUUAAAGAGAUGGCCAAGGACAAGCCCCGGCUCUACACGGCGCUGGAAGUGGCUUCAGCUGCCAUCGCCAAGGAGGAGGAAGGCAGGGAUGACAGUGACGCCCUGGAGCUGUACCAGCAGAGCUUGGGGGAGCUCCUGCUGCUCCUGGCCGCGGAGCCGGCGGGGCGGCGGCGGGAGCUGCUCCACGCCGAGAUCCAGACCCUGAUGGCCCGAGCCGAGUACCUGAAGGAUCAGAUCAAGAUGCGGGAGGCACAAUCCAUGGGCAAAGAGGCGCUGGCAGAGUCCGUCCGGAGCGCCUGUACCUUGCAGUGACUCCCAGAGCUGCCCCGUUGGAUGCUGCUCGCUGCCUGCCUGGAGACGCCGGCGCCAGGAUGACACUUCGGUCCCCCCCACCGGGGUGACACCCAGGGGUCACCCUUGGGCUCCCAGCCCCGGGGGGCUCAGCGGGGCCAUCUGCCCCUCUCCCAGGCGCUGGCUCAUUUCCCUGCCAGCCCUGCCUUGACCGUCUGCUGCUGCAGCCUCCCCUGCCACAGCGGCCGGGUUAUUCCACUCUAAUUCCCUCCGCUGGCUCCGUGGGAAGGGUAUUUUUAUCCUGGCACUGGGCUCUGGCAGGACAUCCCCCUUGCUUUUUUGGCUGGGUGGUUUUUCCACCUCCCAAAAUCUGGGAGAGCCCACAUGAGCCACAAAUCCGGCCGGGAGCUGAGGGUGGGCAGGGAUGCUCCGCUGUGCCUUCCUCGCCCAGCAUCUACCUCCGCAUCCACUGCUGCUCGGCCAGCCUCCAGCACCGCUGCACUGGCCCAGCCCGGCCAUCCUGCCUGCCUCUCACUGCUGGAGCUCUGGGAAUGAGGCUUUUCCUUCCUAAACCUGGAGCCUGGCAGUACUGGCUGCAUCUCAGUGUCACCACCGCGAGCAGCGCUCGGCGGGGACCGAUUGAGUCGGGCACGAGCAGCAGUCAGUCACCUUCAGGGAGACACUCUCAGCAUCCCACCUGCCCUGCUCCACUCCUCAGGGCCCUGACCCCAAAAACAUCCAAAUCAUGUUCCCAGGAGUCAUUGUUAUGGGGUGCUGAUGUUGCCUGUCCUGCAAAACAAGGUACUUGUCUCAAAAUCUACUGUAUCUCAAGGGAAUGUAAUUUAUUGUCUUUAAUAAACUUUAAUUUUGAUUUCUCCA